UUGUGUUGUGAAUUUAUAAAUAUGAAGCUAACGAAGUUAAUGGGAAUUGAGAUCUUGAUAAAGUAUGUAAAUAAUAAAUAAUAAUAAGAAUUGAGAUAUGACCUGACAUUUGAUAAGUGUUUACUAUUUAUAAUCUGCGGAAUUUUAAAUGAAGUAGUAACGUUUGUGAGACAUUUAAGUUAAUAAUUAAAAUAAUACUAUGUGGGGUCGUACUGCAGAAAUUAUUUAUUAUACUAUAAACAAAUAGUAAUUAGCGUGUUUUCAUUAUGAAUGCAGCACACGAAGCUCUAGCCUAUCCUGAAAACUUCUGCAGGAUCUGCCUUUGCAUUGCGCCCAAACAAAUAUCUUUAUUUGCAGAGAUAGAUGGUGAAACAAAUUUAUGCGACAUAUUAUCAACUUUAGUCGAUUCUAACGUUACUUUAUCACAUAAUUACCCACAGCAAAUUUGCAGUGAAUGCCAUAUAACAUUGUGUAAAGCUUUUGAAUUAAAGCAGAAAUAUGUUUGGUCUGAAAAACAAUUACAGGACGCAUUAGAUAAUUUAGAAUCUGAAGAUAAAGCUGCAAAUUCUGUAUUGUAUGAAUGUAAUUACAAAGAUAAGGACUUUAUAGUGCCAAAUAUUUUAGAAUCUAAAUUAGAAUGUAAUAAAGAACAAAAGACUGAUAUAACUCACUUAAUUAAAUUUGAAGCCGAAAAUGAUCGCAGCGAGUCUUGUCAUUCAGAUGGUGAGUAUUCAAAUGACAAAUCGCAGUAUGAACAUAACAUAAAUUUGGAAAAUAAGGACAUAUGUAAAAGUAAUGUACCAGCAGAAGUUAAAAAUGAAGCUGUUUCAAAAAUUGUGUGUCCUAAAUGUGAAAUAGAAUUGCCUUCACUACAGUCACUCUCAAUACAUAUGAAACAGCACAUAGAAAACACAAGUAAAAGUAAGUUAGAAAAAUUUACAUUUCAGUGUUCAAUGUGUAUGAGAAGGUUCACAAACAAAUUGUCACUCCUACGACACAUAAAGAAACAUGAAGAGACUUCCCAAGUCAAAUUUCUGUGUGACACAUGCAAACGUGAGUUUCAGCAUCAAGCUCAUCUGGACAAUCAUAUAUUAAAAGUCCAUACCGGAGAUAAGGGAUACAAUUGUAAUUUUUGUGAGAAAAAGUUCAGAACUCUAAAAGCAUUGAAUGUUCAUGAAGAUGGUCAUAAAAUUGAAAAGAAAUACCAAUGCCAUAUGUGUAAUAAGUCUUUUAUAAUGUUGUCAUCUCUUAACGACCAUAUAAGAACCCACACAGGUGAAAAGCCUCAUCUGUGUUUUACUUGCGGCAAAGGAUUCUCUCAGAAAAAUAAUUUAGAUCAACAUAUAAGGAGGCAUCUUGGCAUGAAACCGUUCAAAUGUGAAAAUUGUGAUAAAAGUUUUGUAUCUAAAGGCGAAUUAGUUGCCCAUAACCGCAAACACAGCGGGGCACAUCCGUUUAUAUGCGACGACUGUGGCAGCGGGUUUACUACCUCGAGCUCUCUGGUGAAACAUCGACGAAUUCAUACCGGAGAACGGCCUUACAGCUGUGAUAUGUGCCCGAUGAAAUUCGCCACUUCCGGCACUUUGAAGAACCACCGCAGAACUCAUACAGGAGAGAAACCUUUCCAGUGUUCGUACUGUGAAAAAGCAUUUGUGCAACGGCAAGAUUUAGUGUCUCAUAUCAGAUGUCAUACAGGAGAGAGACCGUUUGUUUGUACUCAGUGUGGACAGGCCUUUAGAAAGGGUUCGGCAUUGAAAGUGCAUUUGAAAUUACACGGGAAAGACGCUUUACGUAUAAAUCAGUAUUAAUUUGUAUUAAAAUCAGUAUAAUUAAUUAAUUAUUUUUUAUUAAGUCAAGUUUAUUUGAUAUUAUUAUACAAAAUAUAAUGAUUUGCAAUUG